AAUGCCACCAACAACGGACGUACGUAUGAAUAACGAGAAAGAGAAAGUAUCAGAGUUCUCGAGUCAAUGCGCUGCAAACAUCAUGACGAAAGUCUGACAUACCUACCUAUUUUAAAAUCAACCAUAUUUAUCCAAGUUUCAAGAACAUGUACAUAAAGUGUGGAGAAACUAUUUUGUUAAUUGUGUUUCUUGUUAUUUUUCCUGGUUUGAGCAACGGUGCAUUCAAAAGAUGUUUUGUGUGUCGUUCCAGAGGAGAAUUAGGAACCUGUAAGGACAAAUUUACGGUAAAUGGUACCGUUGAAAUAACAGUGAGGGGUGUAAAGGCAGUUCCUUGCGCAUCAGGAUGGUGUGGUAAAAUUCUCGAGACUGAAAAUCAAGCUUUGAAAGAAGAAGAAUAUGGAAUUGCAACACAGAGACUUUGCCUCCAAAGGGGCCCAUCUGACAGUGAAGAUAGAUGUGCUUACACAAAGUGGAAUUAUAGGAAUGUAUUAAUGUGUUUUUGCAGAGGGGAUUUGUGCAACUCUACUAGUUCGAUCGUUAUUAACAAUUAUCUACUUUUAUUUAUUCUCAUGUUAUCGACAACUAGACUGAAUUUUAUAUUUAAAUAAAAUUUUUCAAUCAAAA